AUGAAGAAGGCCAAGGACGGGGCAACACGGAGACUCAGAAUCGCCAGCUUUCUUUGCUUAUUAUUCAUGAUUUUUGAAUUUGUUGGUAAGAAAUGUCUCUUUGUCCUGCUUAUAUUAUUUUGCUUUCACAGAGCUCAACAAAAUAACGCAGUCACUCACGCAAAUCCGUCAUAUUAAUUUACUACCAAUAUCAUUUACCACAAUGGACAUAACAGCCAUAAAUAUCCUUUUUUUUCUUUUUUUUGUAGUCGGCUGUAACGAGGAAUACAUUAUGAUAUUGUAAAUUACUUCAUACGGCACGUAAAGUCUACCAUAUAUAUAUGUAUAUAUGUUUACACUUCAACAGUUAAAAAAUGGUCUCCCGUAUGGUGGCUACUUCAAAUAACAAUUUCAGUUUAAUCACUCCAACUUUUUGCGCAGUCUGGCUUCAUGGAUGACUAGCCUUUCAUACGAAUUCCUUUUAACUGCUUGCUGCGAUUAUUUAUAAUUAUCUUGUACACUUUUGCUGUAAGGUAGUGUACAGCUACAAUGGAGGACAAAAAUCCUUGGAACGGUUAUGGAAAACCUUCCUUCCACAUCCUUAACUUAUCAAAUGUUCAGAUGUAGCAUAAUAUGCACUUCUCUAACCCCUUGGAUACCGCAACUGGCCCUCCCCUCCCCCUCCAAACAAUGUUGGGAUGAAGAAACACUUUUAGGACAGGGUAAAGUGUACAGGGGUGCACAAACUACAACAUUGCUUGGGGGAGAGGGGGAAAGGGGGAAAAAUUAAUUGUCCAGAAUUUUGUCCCCAUUAAUUGUCCGUUCAGAAGUUUUGUCCCCAUUGUAGGGGACUGGGGUUUGAUGUCCCCACUAUCUGAACGCCUGGGGUGAUGUAGGGGCACUUUACGCGGCGAAUUUGAAUUGUGCGGCAGAAUAUGUGUGUGUUUAUUUUAUAGAGCUAAACUUUUAAACAAGGUUUCAGUUUUGCUAAAAACUACUCCCAUUACUGUAAAUAUUGCUUAUGAAAUUUGUCAACUUCACACCAGCAAAGACUUUCAAGAAUCGAUUAUUGUCAAUUUGACACCAGCAGAAACCUUCAUGAAUCUAUUAUUUUAAUAACACGAGUUUGCGCCAAAAGGUUCUUGACAUUGAUACUAGGAAUUUUCUCUUUUUCUAACUGUCUGAUUAACUUUAUCAAGUAACUCAGUCAAUUGCAUGUUUACCCGCUUUGCACCUUCUUCCUUGACUUCCUUAAAUUCUCAAUACAACCUCGAAUUUAAAAGAGAGGCGGGCUUAUUAGCUUUGUUCCCCUAAAACGGAGAGGCGUAUUUGAGGGGGCAGGGGAGGAUUUACGAUAAUUGACGACUUUGUGUCCUCUCAGUCCAAUGCAGCAUUCACAAGAGCCAAAGUGAGGCAUUAUAGCUCAAAUGCAUGGUCCCAUUAUGGCUCUUGCAUUCACUGAUACUUCUUUCUAUUCAUCAUUUUUCAGGCGGAUAUUUAGCUAAUAGUCUCGCUAUUGUCACAGACGCCGCGCAUUUGAUGUCAGAUUUUGCUGGUUUUAUGAUCUCGUUGUUAGCCUUAUGGAUAGCUACAAAGCCUGCCACUACGACUUUGUCAUUUGGAUGGCAUCGUGCAGGUACCAGGGAGUGACAAGGGGUGAUGGGGUUUGAUCUUGAGGGGUUAGGGAGGGGCGCGGUAGCAGAGAGAAGAUCUACAUGGCUCUCCAAUGGGCAUAUUUACAAACUGUUGCCGAGUUUAAUUUUUAAAGGACGAUGGAAUCGCAAAAGGCAGCCUCUCUCCGUUCUAACCUUGUACAAGGAAAAAUCUCUAGGCACGAAAUGGGUAAAUUUAAGGUAUUUUUUUGCAUGAUGAAUAAUUGUCAGGAAAAGAAAACCUAGCUAUAUAUGAGCUGUUAUCCAGGGUUAGCAAAUAAUACCAAAAAUUCUUAAUUUGUCAGAAGCCUUUGAAUCUCGAUACACUGGAUACAUGGGAAGGGCUGGUGAUGAGUCACAAAGGAGGAUCUCUUUUCUAGGUGAUAGAGCUGAGCCAACCUCCUCCACAGGGUUUUUUCUUAGUAAAUGGGAGAGACUGGGGAAGAGGUUGACAGUGGAGCCUUCAUUCAGCGGAAAGAGACUCCCUUAGGCCUUGCUAAAGUGUGCUUUUACUCAGUCAUAUUAUUCACAGUACCUGGAAUCCGGACUCCACAGCGUGGAAUUCAGAACCCAAGACUUUCCUUGCAUGGGGAAACUCCUGACUAUGGGGCUCUUUUUAGGGGAUCAUUUUUGACCUAAUCUCCUACCCAGUUCUCACUCUGUUUUACCUUAGGAGAUCUUGGUACGAUGUUAUUUUUGACCCAGUUUCCAACGCAACCUCGUAGGCAGCGUGGUCAGCGCGUCGGACUCGCAAUCCGGCGGUCCCGGGUUCGAGUCCCGCUCGGGCCACUUGCUGGAUUUGUUCUCGGUCGUCCCGAGUUCAAAUCCCCGGCCACGCUUGUAAAUAGCCAACUGGUCGCCUCCUGCCAGUUGGGGUUUUAAAUCCUGUUAUGUUGUAUUUGAAUUAUUUAUUUUCUAAGUAUUUACUAAUUGUAAAGCGCUUUGGGUCACUAAGAGAAAGGCACUAUAUAAGUGUAUAUUAUUAUUAUCAUUAUUAUUAUUAUUAUAGUGCUCCCACAGAACAGUCCCAUUAAGCUCAAUUUGACGCAACCCCGACCCUACCCUGGGUGCCAGAGUUUUUUUCCUGUUGUUGGCAGCGAAGCCGCGAUCGGGUGACGACGUACAGACGUCAAUCUUUUCACCAGAGUUAUGGAAACACUGCUCACGAAAUUCGCCAUUCCUCAAUUUGACAACAUUUCGCGCCCUUUUUACACAUCACUGCCCCACGUGCAGACAUAUCAAAUUACGAAAACAAACAGAUCCCACAAAAAACCGGUUUGGCCAGCUAUCUUGUUUCAAAAUCACAUGGAAGUGCGGUUCGUAACUGCCGUGACCAGAGGGUUUUUUUCCCGCUCGUUACCCGAUCGCGGCUCCGCCGCUGUUUCGCAGCCAACAACAGGAAAAAAACCCUCUGGCACCCAGGAUACCCCGACCCAGAAUAACCCGAAGAAUCAAAUGGUCAAUAGGCCAUUUGCACAAUGGCGUCAUUUUACUACUACGACCAGAAUUCUUUUCGUUUUUCCUUUCACAUUUAAAUUUGGUAAUCCUAACGAGGUUUAAAUAACAAAAGCGCUAAUUUGCACAAGAAAGCAAAAACCCGAAGGAUUCUGGUCGUUGUAGUAAAAUGACGCCAUCAUGCAAAUGACCUAUUCACACCAAUGUUAAUUUAUUAAGAUCAAUAAGACAAAAGAAAUCACCUUGAGGGUUCAGGGAUGAAUUAUACAUUUUUUAAACAUUGUUUUAUUCCCGGAAGCCUUACCCUGCGAGCAGAGGCCCUUCGAUACACGAAGAUCGAAGGGACACGGCUCGCGGGGUAGGAAGCCUCGAAGCUCAGUACAAAUUGCAGUAAGUAUAUUGAGAAGCAGAGCACUCUAUUGUUUGAAUUGGUCAAUUCAAAUAAAUGUGAAUCUCUCACGUUAUUGUCAAUGACGAGUGAGCUAAGUUAUAUUACUAUUGUGAAUCUUGUUUGCAGAGGUGAUGGGCGCCCUGUUGUCCGUACUGUUUAUCUGGGUACUCACAGGAGUUAUAGUUUAUCUGGCGAUUCAAAGAAUCAUAACCAAAACGUACGAGAUAGAAGCAAAGGUUAUGCUCAUCACUGCAUCUGCAGGGCUCAUUGUUAAUGUCAUGUAAGUGGAUAAAACAAUUACGUUGCAUUUCUGCGAGCCCUACAAAACAUUUGACAUGAUUUACAUUGUUGUUACAAAACUGUUGUUUACACUGUUUGUUUCACGAGUUAUAUAUACAGGUUAAUCCCAUUAUGACUCUUAGAGGUCCUCUCUGAGGUAGAAGUGAUUUAUACACACCCAAGUGAAACUGGAUAUAUAGCCAGUCCUUUCAUCAUCUUAUUAGCCAAAAAGAGCACUCAAAAUUAAAAAUGUUAUAUACUGUUUGGUAUAUCAUCGCUCCUAUAUAAUUGUGAAGUCUCUAGCUAGUCCAGCGCAUUAAAUACAUUUCCAAGUGUCGCAUUGAAUUUGUUUUGAUGUAAUGUAGUACUAAAGAAUUUGAGGCGUGCCCCUAUGGAUCAUUUGUUCCUCGAGGUAAAUCUUUGAUCAGGACUGCGAAUUAUCUUUUACAGAUUAGCUGCGGUACUCCAUCAAAAGGCGCAUGGCCACAGCCAUGGCUUCAGCAAAAAAAAGAAAACCCAGUUAAAGAAACCAAAGGCUUCCCCUUCCAGCUUCAUCAUAGAAGAAGAGGCAGAAAACGUGAACGUUAGAGCUGCCUUCAUUCAUGUUUUGGGUGAUUUUCUGCAAAGUGUGGGAGUCUUUUUAGCUGCUCUUCUUAUUUGGUUCAAGGUGGGUUUAUUUCGUGCAAGCAUUCGCUCUAUCAAUUGCCUUGACACUUAACAAUGUUUUUCUAGGCUUGCAUUACUAGAUGCCCUGCGUACUAGGAAAACGGCCGCGCGAUUUAAUUGGGCCAAGGAACUGGGCAGGUUACAACCAGAAUCUCCCUGCGUCAUGUUUUUACUUACGAUUGGCACUAAAAUGGAUACCCCAAGUCAGAUGGUCAUCUUCACGUAAAAUACAUGAAAUAGUCUUACAACCUCAAGUAGUAAAUAUAAGAAGGAGGAAAACAGGAGGAAACAGAGCAAGUAAGGCUUGGAUCACUAUAUAAUAUUUGAUUCAUAAUCCACACCCUUCACUGCACCAGCAACUGCUGAGACCGGUUAUUUUUAACGUACGUCUUACGGCAUAACUUAUAAUUACAUUGUUUGAAAGCUACCUGAUGUAAAGCAUUUCUUAGCCCUUAUCAUUGUGCUUGGGUUCUUAAUCCUAUGCUCAACUCUUUUCCUUGCACAACUGGCACGCUUUUCGCAAUAAGCGGCCCUCUCAAUAAGCGGUUCUUUCAUGACCCGGAGGAUUGCGUUGUGUAGUAAUCACGAGAUGUCAAAUCUGAUUUGGGGGCAUCCAUUAUUCUCGUCAUCACCGUUACGUUUACUUCGGCUCAGCUCUACUGCACCAAAACAUAAACCUUGACUUUUCACAAUGGCUUCCUUGGAGACAGGAAUAUGUGGUGGUAGUGAGAGAGGUGGAAGUACAAGUGAAUGUAUCUAUGACUAAGCAGUAUUAUUAUGUGACGAAAUUAGAUGCAGGCAACUUUUAACUAAAUGGUCCUUGAACCGAGACGUCAAAAACAACGAAGGCGCACCGGAAAACAGGGGCUUCUUCAAGGCCACGAUGCUAUGACGAUAUAGUCAUGUAAGUCAAUGUUUUGAAAUUUUUCUUUUGUUUGUUUUUUUCUCCUACAGCCUUCAUGGGAGAUUGCAGAUCCUAUUUGUACUUUUGUGUUCUCUGUGAUCGUGUUAGGAACCACAUUAGCUAUUCUGAAAGAUGCUGUUAUUGUCCUUAUGGAAGGUAAGUUCUAAAACACCAUUACAUAAUGCAUGCAUAAUUACCCUCUACGAGGUGUAGAGACCAAGUGUUAUUUUCAGGCAAAGGGUAAACGUGAGGUUUAAUUGACAUUUCGUCAAAUUAGGAAAGGAUCAGCUAAAAUCAAAUAAAGGUGGCCAGAAAAUUCCUAUUAAUGAUUAACUUUACAUGAAACUAGUAUGGGUAUUCCUGUGUAGAUAUAAUAAGGAGUGAAAGACACACUGUCUCUUAGAAUUAGAACUGACGGUGCCAAUUUCCUUGGUUAUUUCGCUCCACAGGAGUUCCAAAAGGCCUCAGUUUUAGUAAUUUAAAAGCAAGUCUUCUAGAAAUUCCCGGAGUGUUAGCGGUCCAUGAUCUUCACGUAUGGUCACUUACAGUUGGAACAACAGCCAUUGCGGUUCAUCUAGUGAUAGGUACGUAGUCGUUACUAACAGUCUCCUUCGAGUCAGACAGGUGCAUGGCCAAGCUGUACAGACGGACGGCAAGACUGAAGGGAAAAACGGUUUUAAAAGAUCGUCGCGUACUUUUCAUGACCAAUACCUUCGAGUUGAUAAAUGUUAUUUUAGCCUGUAGACCUGGGUCCUGGGUUCUGGCAGAAUUACGCGGCAAUCAAUCGCUUUCAUAAAUUGGAAAAAUCGCAGACGAUCUGCGAUUUCUGUUCCUUGAUUGCUUCGACUAAUGAAAACCAAAAUCCUAGUUAUUUGCGGGGAUAGUUCGCGGAAAUUAUUCGGGGAAGGGUCCCUACAUUUUCGACUCCUAGAUUUCUCCGAUGGAAGGUAGUCAUUUGCGACGUAAGAAAACUCAAGUCCGGGGUGUCGGAGAACGUCGGGGUAUAGUACUUUUAGCUUGGGACCAAUCUGCUAAUGGCUCCAGUCUCCAAACUCAUGCACAAAUGAAAACACCGUUUCGGGAAGAUCCAACCUUGGUGACAGAGGUUUUUCAAACGUGGUUUCCAGUUUUAAGUUAUGCCUUUAUAAUGACCCACUUCGCUGCUAGCUCUCUUCGCCUGCUCGGCUGCGGUCGAUGAAGCUUUUCGCUGCAAACGUUGCACCCGAGAAAAAAACCUGGCACCCAAGCCAGGUCAGAUUGUGGGUUGUCCUGAUCCUUACGUAUCGACAAAUAUCUGAGAUGGUCGGAAGAAAAAAUGAAACCCCUUAUCGUCUAAGAAUUUCGCCAUAUAUCGAAACCAGGUUGUAAAUGACCCGAAUUUUAACCCAGGGGAAUCUAAAAGGUGUAUUGAAAGUUCAACACUCGGGAUAGGGUACCUUCUUUUGGUCCUUCGGUUAAAGAGAUCGCUUAGCUUCUCGUAAUUCCCAUCUCGAUAGUGAACUUAAGCAGAGACGUUUUUGAGCGAUGCACGUCAACCGGAAGUGGUCUUUUUUCAUUUUUGGACAGUGGUUUUGCCCAUCUUUUAGGACAACUCGUCUCUAUAAUAGUUAAGACACUUAGAAAUACAAAUUUGGGAGCGUCAAGGUGCUUUAAAAUGAAAAAGACCUCACUUCCGGUUGACGUGCGUCGCUCAAAAACGCCUUUGCUUAAGCUCCCUAAUUGCCUCAGGGACUGCGCCUUCUGAUAUGAUAACAUUAACAUGAAUUUUAUCUUCCCUGUAGACGACAGCACUAGUUCUCAAAUGGUCUUAGAGGAGGCUUCACGCAUUUGCAGCCAAGAGUUCGAUAUAGACCAUAGCACAAUCCAGGUUGAGACUUCAAGUGAAAAAACUGCUGAAUGUAUUCAGUGCGAUGAGCCAGCCUCAUAA